CAGCGGAGAUUUUUGAAUUUUGAAACUUGAUUCUCUCGUGAAAAAACAAUUCUAAAAAAAUUAUAUCGUGCUUCCUUUGUGUUUUUUAGCUUGCAAUUCUUUUUAAUUAACAAAUUUUGCUUUAGUUGUGCUAAAACAUUCAUUGAAGAUUUUAAAAUUUACAAAGAAAUCAGUGAAUGAAGCGGAAAUGGCGUACGUUUUGAGCCCAAACAACAAACGACGGAGAGAAUCGGAUGGCUUUGUUUACGCUGGGAAGGGUCUCAACACAAACCAAGGCUUUCUGGAUAUGGAGACAAAGUCCAUUGCUGAUAUCCUGUCAGCGAGAGUGGUGGAGAACCCAUAUGAGGUGGUAAGGAAGCCACCGAAGAAAAAGAAGAAAAACGAACCACUCACCUUUGACAAUGAAGCCCUCAAUCUCAAUACACCGGAAAAGCAAUUCAAUCCUUUCGAAGUGCAACGUCCGGAAUGCAAGGUGGAUAAUGAUUGCAACUCCUACGUUAAUUUGGGGCUCAAUUUGAAAGCUCCUGAGAGCACAAAUGCAAAAAAUCCCUUUGAGAUUAUUAGAUCAGUGGAGUAUCCGGAAGUGGAGCAGAAGAGUGUUCAGGAAGGCAUUGAGAAUCCAGCGAUGGAUUUACCACGUCCAAUAGCAAUUGCUGUACCCUUUACACCAUCUGUGAAUCAUCGGAUCACCUUUCAUCAAGUUAAGACUCCUCCGAAUUCUAUGACUCCAUCGGAGAUGCUUUCAAAGAGUCUUCGCUUCACUCCGGAAGUGGCUAUUAAUGCAACACCCAGACGAUCCUGCCGAAAGAAUCUUUCUACAAUCAGCGAAGAAGCUCUAAAUAUCGACGAGGAAUUGGAUUGCUAUCAGCUGGAACUGGAGAAUAGUAUAAAUGAAGCAAAGUCCGUCAAUAGGAAGUACUUUGCUGAUCUCCGGAAGGGUGUUGUGAAGAAGGAAGCUACUAAAAUUCACCAUCCACCCCCACCGCAACCUGAUGUUGUCUACGAAGGAGAUGAGAAUGAUGAAGACGCCCCAACUGUUGAGGAAGAAAUGCAAUUUAAGAAUCCUCAGCCAUUCCAACGAGCAUAUCGACGUCCUGUUGCCCCAACAGCUCCACCAGGAUUGCCCAAAGAGAGCACAGGAAGUGAAAUUAAGAGUUCAAUCAGACGCAGCAUUCGAAAAAUCACCAAUAUUGCAAAGAAACCAAAGAAGACAGCCAAUGAGAGUAAAGAAAAUUAUAAUUCCACCGAGGAGAUUUCCGCCCAGAAGUCUGACAGAGUUUCCGGGAAUAAAUUAAUGGCAUCAAUACGUCAGAGUUUACGCCUUAAUCGUAAAGUCCCGCAGGAAGAACAGGAAAACAACGUCCUGAUGAAUGUACUUAAUACAACAAUAAUUGAAACGGAGACGCGGACUGUGUUCAGGGAGAUUCAAGGCGAUGCUUUUGUACGAAAGAGCACCCUGAGACGUUCAACAAGACAAGUACUGAAGAAUGUUUUCAAGAAGAACGUGGAGGGAUAUGAAGUAGAACUUGCCACUAAAUAAUUAGAAUAGUUAUUGCACCAUUUUUUUUGAGUUGUUUGCUAAUUUACCAAAUUUUCCGAUCUCUGUUAGUCAAAACACUUGAUUAGGUAAUUCCAAAGAUAGAACACCCACCAAUAUUCAAUUAAAAUUAAAUUCUUUCCUUCUUAACGAAUUACUCACAAUAUUGUUCAUCACAUAAUCAGAAAAACCAGUUUAUUUAGGUAAUAUUACCAAAUAUUUCAAGCAAACAAUGCGAUUUUAAUAGAUACCUACUGAUUUUUUUACAUAAAUUGCUUCUAGGUUAAUUUUUAUUAAAUAUUUUAAUGAUUUCAACUAAAAUUUCACUUAAACCAGUAUGAGUCGCUUCAGUAAAAAUAGGUAGGAAAUAUUUAUUAUUUAAGUAAUAAUUUUAUUUUGUGAAUUUUACAACAAUACCGCACAAAUACUUUUUAAUUUAUACAUUCUUUGAGUAUAUUUUACUCUGAAUCUGUUUUAUGAUUUAUCAAAAUCGGAACGAUAAGACCACGGAAGUACUUAGAUAAAAAAAAGAA